UGUGUACCUUCUUAUUGAUGAAUUUAUGAAUGUCUUUAUCAGAGACUUGAAAAUAUCUCCAUUCAAUAUAGAAAUGUAUUCCUAAAUCUUGCCUCUGUUGAUGUGUAAUCAGCUCUGUCUGGGUUUUGCUAUGUGACCCAUUGUCUAAUGCAACAAUUUAUAUUCUUAUACAUACAUAUGUGUAGCUUUGAGGUGAGAAAAUUCAGAGCCAGAUGUGUCCAUGCCAGCUUUGUCUUAGCAUUAGGGUCGUGAAUCUGUUCCCACUGAAUAUUAGCCUGCUAAGGGUGGAUGACUGAGAAAUAUGUGUUUGUGAGCUUUCAGAGAUUUUAAGAUUAUAUGUGAAAAUCUACCCUUGGAAAAAUGCUGGCUUUGGAUGUUCUGAAGAUGACAUUCGUGACUAUCAAAACUGGGUUUGGAUGGGAUUAUUAGUCAGCGACUUGGUUCUGAAUAAAAAAAAUAUUAAAGAGGUGUUCAACAAUUAAAAGAAUAGUUCUACAUUUGGGGGAAAUGUGCAUAUUUGCUUGCUUGGCCUUCGAUUUCUAUAUUAAAAAUCGAAAGAGAAAUCCGUCCAUUCAUUUUCUUCUGCUUGUCCCUUGGGCCUACCUCAGCUGUCACAGGUGAGGGCCAUGGUAACAUGGAUCACCGCUAUAUCAGACAGAGAUAUAUUCAUGCUGAGAACCACUUAGAGUCACAAUUAUGUGUACUGUGGAAGGAAGCCAAAGCACUCAUGAAGGCUUUAAGAAUGAUUUAAGUUCACAUUAGAGCAGUAGAGCUCGUCUAAUCCCAACAAAACAAUCAAACAAACAAAAAAUAACCACUUAAAAAAAUUCAGGUGCCCUGUUAUAAAAAGAUAAGAUAACCUUUGUUAGUCAUACAGGUGGAAUUUUUUUUGUUUUGUGUGUGCACAAAUGACUAAUACUGUGGUAGAUAGUGCAAUUAAUAUUACCCUCUCUCCAAAUAAAAGCCUAUUUUAAAAAAAUCAAAUAUUUUGCUGUGUUUGGUGCUGUGUGGGAAACCUUUCACAUACGAUUAAUGUUUUACUUUUAUCCUUAAUAAACUAAAAUUACGGAUAUUUUGUCAUCCUUUGUUAUCGUCGUUAAUCUCUUAUUUAAAGGGUCGUGUUGCGUUCAAACGAACUCAGUCAGAUUAGCUCUUUAACGGUUAUAAUGCUGUAAUAACAUGCCUUUGUUUAUUAGAUGGGUGGAGGCCGAUCUGUAUACAAUAUCAACAACAGACUAUUAUGCUCACAACUGAUUUUCCCUCCACCACCCAGGAUUUUUUUCUUUUUUCUUGUACUUCUUCUGGGUUUGACUGGGUGUGUCUGCUCUCUGUAACAUGAGAGCCACAUGACCAAUAGGAAGGCAAACAGUCUGGAAGUUAGAGUUCUUCCGCAAACUUUAUGAGUGUUUGCUGCGUAGUAAGAAGCACAAGGCCUACAGUCUACAGUCCAACAACACUGGAAGAGAGCUUCUGAGACAGACGUCAGCAAAGAUGGCAAAUCCACUACAGAAGCUUGUGUCUGAGAAAAAGGACAUGGUGGAGACAGUGAUGGAAGUGUUUGAGCAAGGAGCUGAAGUGGUGGCCAGCAUCGCCGGUGACCUCUUCCCCGUCUUCUCCAUCGCAGCCCCGAUUGUCAAGCUGGCUCUGGACAACGUGGAGAGCAAAGAGGCCGCAUUCAUGAAGGAGCAGUUUCAGAAGGUCAGAGAUCGGCUGGAUGUAGUGUCUGAGGAGCUUCAGCGGAUCAACGAGGAGAUCAAGAAGAGCGGAGUGGAUUCUACGUACUUCCCCGUUGAGGAAAACAUUACUAAUCAGUUCAGGAAGUACAUGGACAUCCUCAACGCCAAACCUAAGUUCCGGGAAGUGAAGAAGAAGCUCUUCCUGGAGCAUUUCGCCAAGACCGGAGGCGACAAAAAUAUUAACACCCUAUACAACGUUGUGAUGGGAGAAAGUUUCUCUGGGGAACCUUUGCUCGAGAUCAUCCUUAACUAUGAGGAGAAAAAUCGCCGGGUGAUGGAAGACUUUUGCGCCCGUCUGAAGAAGCUCUUCUGCAUUGCGCUCAUUGCACUGCUGGGCCACGCUGCUCUGAAAGGAUAUGACGAGGAGGACGAUCUUCUGAAAGAGUGGGGUGAGAAGAUGAAGGCUGUCCAGGGUAAAAUGAACGCUGUCAUUGAAGACUGCAUCGUCAGCUUCCCUAAACAAGCUGAAGAAGACUCCCGACGACUGGUGAGAGAUCAGCAAGAUUUAACCAACCAACAGCUAGCUGAUGCUAUGGUAGAGAAGCUGAAGAAGAAGUAUGACUGGGUGGGCUGGUCUGUGCGUAUAUUUAAAUCUCCUUCAGGCCUGUUUGUCAACAAGAGGGAUUUCCAAUGCGCAACGGGAAAGAACCGCUUCCAAGUGCCUUCAUCGGAUGAGAAACUGAACGUGUGGGUGUCCUACAGCUCCUCGCCUGAGCCUGUGGACAAGAGCCACAUCCAACAGCUGAUCCAGUCUCAGAAGAAACUCACAGUGGUUGGGGUCGCUGAGUUCCUGUUCGAGAAGUUACCCGGCGACUGUGUGGUUCACACAAUCAAAUCCACCAAAGACCUGGCCUGCUCGUGGAGCUUCGAAGAUGAACUUCACUACUGGGAGGAGCACAAAAACUUCUACGUCUGUGUUCACUCAGCUUGAUGUUUUAGACACUGAACAAAACUCCAAAAGUCGCUCAUUCUGUGUUUGUGUUUGUUUGUGUACCACAUCAUCAUUUCUGCACAGAUAAUUGGUGCACCUUCAUCUUUAACCUUCAUCUUGGUUGCUCCUCUGGGCAGUUAUUUUGAAGCCCUUAUCUAAAUGAAUGGGUACAAAGCCAGAUUAUUUACUUCAGUGGUCAUUAGAAGAUAAAAAGACGUUUCUUUCAAAAGAACGGUUAAAGUGAUUUGUUCUCAGCAGUUAUGCUUCUACUAAUGAAAAGUUUGAUAAUGUUACAACUCAUUUAAUUGCUCCGUCUGGAGUGACGACACAAUCAGUCGCUGUUCAUCUCACCAGCACAUGGAACAGACAUUUUGCAUAUAUAAAAGGAGAAGACAUGUUUAAACAGUUACAGUGGUCAUGAAUAUGGCUAAUAUGUUUCCCAGGUGUUGAUUAGGGUCAAAACAUCUGCAGUCUUUGCCAUUAAGGAAUUUCAUAGACUUUCAUAGAUUUGUAUUCACGAUUCUUGUAGUACCAGUGUCUGAUAUUAUACAUAUAUGCCUUCCCAAACUGCACUUCCACAAUCAUUUUUUUAUGCUGAAAUGUUCUUUUUUCUGACAUUUAUCCACAAGAAGUUCACAUAAACUAGACUGGAGAAAAGGCACAAAGAAUUGUGAAAACAAAAAUACAGAGAAAUGAAACAGCAAACAUGGUGGUUGAUCCACGGCUGAAAUGUAGUGGAGCGUGAUGUUCCACAGUUCAGGUUCAUGAUUGUGCUUAAAUUGUGUUGUGGGAGGCAUAUUUUUUUGUUAUCUAGUAAAGCUAUAGGUAAGUGUGCCAUUUUCCUUUUUUUCCUGCUAACUCCAAGCAUAACGAUAAUAAGUGUGGUAUAUGUGUCACCUAAAAAAGCUUAAAAGUUUUUUAAAAAUUAUUUUCGGACAAAAUUCCCAAACUCAGGAAGCAUUUUCUUGCUUUCCCUUGACCACAGAAAUGAAUCCUGAGGCUGUCAUUCUGUUCAGAGAGAAAGGUUUCAAAAUAGCCCAAAUGUGCCUGAAGGCGUUGCUAAGGUGGCUGCAGAGUAGUAAGACUUUUUCCAGCGUUGACCAAACACAGCUGAGCUUUGUUUCUUUCUCAAGACAGAUACAAGUGCUCACCUCUUGGCUUACUUUGCAUUAGUGUAAAUUGUAUCAUUUUUUAUGAAAGUUGUGGGUUUGAAAAUUUUUACAGAAACGUUGCCAGGAGCUAAUCAGCUAAUAUUUUCCACUGUUAUGAAAUUUGGGAGGACGUGGGACUUUGUUGUUACGGUUCAUCUGUCACAGAGAGAUUGUGCUGGUGCUGAUAAGUGCUGACGUCGCCCUGUUGAGGACAUCUACACCAAAGCAUUUGAGAGAAAAUGAUUCCAGGCAGAGAGACUGAAAUGGAAACUAAUCUUGUUCUCAGUUGGUGAAAUAAUAAUAAAUGUCUUCACUUGAAGCUGUACAGCACACAGCACAAGAGCUCACAAAAGAAAAGGGCUCAGUUUUUAUCCACACACCCUGUUACUGACAUGCUGAGGUGCUGUUUUGUUUACAGACAGGUGCCUAAAAUAUUCUUGUGUCACAAUUUUGCCUGUGAGGUUGUGCAACAUAAACUGGAAGUUUGAACGUACUCAAAACCCGACCUUCACUUUGUUGAGGGUAUAAACAGUUUUGGGUUUUUUUUGUGGGAUCAAUCUUGGGUUUUGGAUAUGAAAUUAAUAGAUUUUUAUUUAGAUUUUAAUACAUAAAUUGUAUAAUCUGACCACUAUAUGGACUCUACUUUAUAAGGACAGUAGCAGCUGCUCAUAGUUUUCCACACCACUAUAACCAAUCUGUGUUUCUUCUGUUUCUUUAUUAUUUUAUGUUAUUAUAUACGUCUAAUAAAUUCUACUAAUUAUCAAUAAAAUUGUAUGCAACACCGA